AUGGCCGCCCUGGCUUCCAACACCGCUGCAGCGUCGCAGCCCAGCGACUCUGCUUCCACUCCCUACGUCUCAAAAUGGUCUUCCCGCUAUCGCGGUGCGACUGUGGAGGACCUCGACCCUCCUGCUGCCCUCUCUCUGACCCCGAAAGACCCCAUCUCGGUCGCCCUCCUCUCCGCCUUUGAGCGCGACUACACCCAUCUGACCGUUGUCGACGCCCACCGCUCGCUGGUCGGCUACCUCGCUAUCCCGCACCUGCAAGCCCUCCUCGACGCUGGGAAGGUCGUGCCCCAAGACCCUCUUGAAAAGGCCAUGGUUCGCUUCCAGCGCAAGGGCCGCAAGUACCGUGUCAUCACGAUGCAAACUCCUCUCGAGGAGCUCGAGGCCUUCUUCGAGGGCGACGGCGUCGAGGGCCGCAAGAGCCAUUUUGCCGUCAUCACGGACGAGAAGAGACGGUUUGUGCUGGGUGUCGCGACGGUGCAGGAUCUGGAGGAAUUUGUCAAGAGGAGGCCGGCUUAA